GCUGUGGCUGUGACUGGGUCUGUCGUCUGGGCUGUGUUGACUCGCUCCUCUCUGGAUGCUUUGGAAGAGCUGGUGGACAGCUGAGAGCUGCUAGCUGUCAGCAGAGCUCUGGUGUUUUCAGCCGCCGGCUGUACCUGGGAUCUUACCUGCUGACAUCUGGCAACAGUCUUGGAUGGAGCAGUCGUGAUCCUACUAACGAUUUCUUGUGCUGAUUCACUCUUAAUUACCAAAGGCUGGAGAUUUGAUCCUGGUCAAUGUAUAUAGCACUUACCUCAACUCCAACAGAAAUGAAUGCCAACAGUAUGCCUAAACAAGUUGAGGUGAGGAUGCACGAGAGUCACCUGGAGCCCAUUGAGGCCAGGCCUCAGUCCAAAUGUGCCAACAUCUGCUCCAAGAUGUUCAAGAACCUUCUGCUCACACUCACCGUCCUCGGUGUGAUCUUGGGAGCUGUAUCAGGGAUGUUGCUUCGUGUCGCCUCCCCAAUCCACCCAGAUAUUGUCAUGGUGAUUGCUUUUCCCGGAGACAUCCUGAUGAGAAUGCUGAAGAUGUUGAUCCUGCCUCUCAUCAUCUCCAGUUUAAUCACAGGUCUGGCCGGUUUGGAUGCCAAAUCCAGCGGUCGCCUUGGCACCAGAGCAAUGGUCUAUUACAUGACCACCACUAUUAUUGCUGCUGUCUUGGGAGUCAUCCUGGUGUUAGUCAUCCACCCUGGCAACCCCAAACUGAAGGAGCAUCUGGGCGAGGGCGAGAAAAACGAUGAUGUGUCCAGCUUAGAUGCCUUCUUUGAUCUGAUCAGAAACUUAUUCCCAGAGAACCUGGUGCAGGCCUGUUUCCAACAGAUCCAGACCGUCACAAAGAAGGUAGAGGUGGUCAUUGAGGAGGAUGUCAAUGCCACCACCAUGGAGGGCCUGGUGGCUAACAUUACCAAGGAUCCUCAGUUCGUUGUCAAAAAGUCCCUGCAGUUCAAAAGUGGCAUGAAUGUUCUGGGUCUGAUUGGUUUCUUUAUUGCAUUUGGCAUCUGCAUGGGCAAGAUGGGAGAGAAGGCCAGACUCAUGCUUGAAUUCUUCAGUAUCCUCAAUGAGAUAGUGAUGAAACUUGUCAUCUGUAUCAUGUGGUACUCUCCCUUUGGCAUUGCCUGUCUCAUCUGUGGUAAGAUCAUCUCCAUCAAGGACCUGGAGGUGGUGGGCAGGCAGCUGGGUAUGUACAUGGUGACUGUGAUUAUUGGCCUCAUCAUCCACGGAGCAAUCUUCCUGCCCGCCAUCUACUUUGCUAUUGUCAGAAAAAACCCCUUCACCUUCUUCCUGGGCAUCUUCCAGGCCUGGAUCACUGCCUUGGGGACAGCCUCCAGUGCUGGUACACUGCCUGUCACCUUCCGUUGUCUGGAGGAAAACUUAGGUAUUGACAAGAGAGUCACUCGUUUUGUGCUCCCAGUCGGUGCCACCAUCAACAUGGAUGGCACUGCUCUGUAUGAGGCGGUUGCAGCCAUCUUCAUCGCCCAAAUGAACGGCAUCGUACUUGACCCUGGUCAGAUUGUCACUGUCAGCCUGACAGCCACCCUGGCCAGUGUUGGAGCGGCCAGUAUUCCCAGUGCCGGCCUGGUGACUAUGCUCUUGAUCCUGACCGCUGUAGGCCUGCCAACCCAAGACAUCAGUCUGCUGGUUGCUGUUGACUGGCUGCUGGAUCGAUUCAGGACAUCGGUGAACGUGGUGGGUGACUCCUACGGUGCAGGCAUCGUGUACCACCUCUCCAAAGCUGAGCUUGAGGAGCUGGACGCACAAACGGCCAAAUCCGACGACAUUGAAAUGAUGACGAAGACCCAAUCUUAUUACGAUGACAUGAAGAACCACCGCGAAAACAAUUCCAACCAGUGCGUCUUAACCUCUACCGCUACCGUUAGCACAACCUCUACCGCUACCGCCACUGCUAACAAUUCUGUCGUAGUAGAUGAAUGCAAGGUAACCUCAGCCACUAACGGCUCUGCUGCGGAGUGCACGCUUGUUGAGGAGGGACCAUGGAAACAUGAAUAAUGGCAGCACAGAGAUCCCCUGCUCCUGGGCUCCACAAGCUUUCCUAUCUGGUGAUGAAAAAGAGUGAAUGAAAAAAAGUCACACGAACAGAACUACUAAAAUUGUUUGUUUUUUUUAAAUGUAGUUUAGUUUUCUUUUUCUUUUCUUUUUUAUUAGUCCCUUUAAAGGUUUUUGUAACUGUCUAUCUGACUGAUAUAUAAUACUAAUUCACUUAACCGUGAAAUGAUAACAGAGGCAUACUUUACCUGUUAGAGCACAUUAUGUCCGCAUAGCAGAUACUUGCACAACAUACUUCAAGGCUUGGGGAGGGAAGGAAGAGAAAAAAAGUUAGAUAAGGUAUUCCUAGCAAUACAUCUGUGUUCUACAUUUAUAAGAGAAGGUAUUAAGAUGAGAGAAGAAGUGGCUGUGUAACAUGGGAUGUACUGAGAUCAUCUUCCAUGUUUCAUCCGGGCGAUUCAUUAUUCUAAUGCCAGAGGAUGAGUGGGAGUUAAAGCAUUAAUCAUGACACCCAACGUAAUGUUUGAACUGAACUUCCCUGCUUUAUAUCGCUGUCAGUACCAUCAACAUUUGCGCAUAAAGCCACUUCUUUUCCUUGUCAGCUCAGUCUCUCAUCUAAGAACAUCACUUUUGAUUCUCAAACUGUCAGACCUUAAAAUGCAUCUGACUGCAUUUGCCCUGUAUUACCCUAGCCCUGAGGUCCAGCAAACUGAUAAAGGUAGGAGGCAGGGAGAACAGUAAUGAACAGUAAAACCACACUGAGCCUCAAAACAUAAAAGCACAGUCACAGUGGAAUUAUAAAGCACAAAUCAUACCAUGUACGCCAUUUUUAUCCCCCUUUCAUUUUCCUUUUUUUGUCUACUGUAAAGGAAAGGGACUUUGUUUUCUUUGUGUCACCUGUGGAGUGAGAUAUAAAACUUGUUUGUGUGUGUGUGAUAGAGAGAGAGAGAGAGAGAGAGAGAGAGAGAGAGAGAGAGAGAGAGAGAGAGAGAGAGAGAGAGAGCCGGGGUUAAGAACAUGACCAAGUCAAUUAUAGGGACCAAACAGGCAGAAAAUCAAUCAACUCACAGAGGCCCUUGGACUGCCUCCAUGACGUCACUCACAACACAUUUUUCAGUUUUCUAACAUUGAUGUCCAUAAACUGGCUGGCACAGCAGCUGGUAUAUACCACAUUUUCUGAGGAAACCUAAAAGCUAAGAAAACCACUGCCCAAAAUAUAAAACUUUAUACUGUCCCUUCCUCCAAAAAAGAACUUUGAUGCCAAUGAAAUUAAAAGAACAUCUGCGCCAAAAUGAUUAUUGUAAAAGUAAACAAUAAUAAAUCAUUGACAAAUCUAAAUAAUUUGUAGCACAAAAAAAGAGAUUAUAUAGAGCACAAACAGAGUGACAAAGCACAAAUAAAGCCAAUGUGUACAAUUUUCAUGCACAUUCCAGUCGUUCCAUGUCGACACUGAUCAUGUUCCAAGUUUAAAAUGUAAAUGGUGUUUUCAUUUACAUACAUAAGUACAGCAGAAUACACUCAGGCAUGUUUAAUCUUUUACAGAACAAAAAUGUUGUAAUCCUAACAUGUUUACUUGCUCACUAUAGAGCUUCAAAACAAUGGCCUCCUAACAGCACAACUUUUGAAAGCGUUGACUAUGAAAAUGGGGACAGUUAACAGCCAAGGUCUUUGUUGAAAGACAGUACUUUUAUAAUAUGAUAAUAUGCCGGAGAGGGAAGUUUCCUAGCACAUACAAGGAAGCAUACACAUAGGCCUAUUUCAGAUAUUCCAUUGAUUGAAUGAUGCUCAAUCCUCCUGCAUAUUCUUUGAAAGCACAGACACAGUUAUUACUGACAGAAACAGGAACAUAAAAAAAGGAAA